UUAUUUUGAAACUUGUAUUGGGAAAUUUUGGGUUAAGAUGGCUGCAUAUAAAGGAGGCUAUGCGAUAGACGAGCUCCAAUCCAGUGGGAUCAUCGAUUGAACAACAUGAAGACCUUCCUUGUUGCUCUUCUCGUCUUUGUGCUAGUCAGCCAGGGCGAGGCCCUCAAGUGUUAUUGCGGAGGACGCAACAAUUGCCCAGGAAAUGAGGAGAUCUGCACCACUUCCCAUCAUUUGUGUGCCAGUGUCGUCUAUAAUGAUGGCACCUCUCCAGACUACAUGAAAGGCUGCGCUUCUUACCCUGAAUGCAACUUCAUCAAGGACGAGCCCUCCGUCGCCUCAAUUUACUGCUGCGGCACCGACCUGUGCAACACCUAAACUUGUUGUUUAGGAAGAGCAGUCGCUACUUAUCUUCAUGCAUGGAGAAUUAAAACCUGGCUUAGCUAUCAA